AUGGACAUCUCUGAACAGUGUAACUAUUAUAUCCAAGUGCCAAUGUACAGAAUAAUUUCUGUAGCGUUCUACGUUUUUGCAAAUGCCAACUCUUUAUUUUCUUCUGAAAUUUCAAUACCCCAGAACAAUUCUGAUUCAAGGAAACCAGUCAUUAUAGAAGCUCCGACUGAUCUGAUCACAACCGAAAGUAUUCUGGAAUUCACUUGUAAGGCUAAGGGAAGUCCAAAUCCUUUGAUCGUGUGGUAUAAUGCAAGUACCGGUAGACCUCUUGUAGACAAAUUGCAGACAAUCGGUUACCAAACAAGCGUACAUGUUAACAAACACUUAGGCCAGUUGAUGAUCUCCAACCCAACACCAGGGAAAUCGUAUCGCGUUUAUUGCAACGCUACUAAUUCUGCUGGCUGGAUGAUAAGUGAACCCCCUGCUACAGGGGCUAUUGCAUUUUUAAAUUCCGAAUUUCGUUUACAUCCUUCUGAUAUUGAAGCAGAUGAAGGUACUAGUGUAACCCUUGAAUGCUUACCACCAAUUGGACUUCCGAAACCUAAAUAUCUUGGAUAA